GGAUCACUUGACGAUGACCUGCUCUGUUCAUUCCCUCUGGGGCACCUGGCAGACAGGAUACUGGGCUAGGUGGACCUUUGGUCUGACCCAGUAUGGAAGUUCUUAUGUUUUUAUGAUCCCUUUCCAGCUGGGUCUAAUAAUUGAACAGGGCCAUAUGAUCAGCUGGGAGGGUAGCUGAUCUGUCACCAGACCUUGAUGCCCCCUACAGGGCCAGCCAGCCUGUGACAGGAUCUGGCUCUUGAGUUUUACACCUUUGGGGAGAGCGAUACCGUUACCUCCUUGUCUGUAAGUGGGCAUAGGGGCCCCCACUACCCUGAAGCUCAGGCUGGUGGUGGUGCUACUGUGCUGGCAAAAAGCAGGGGAUCGCUCUUUUGAGCAGCUUUGAUGCAGCCCUUUUCCCUGGGAAAUGCUUUUGCCAACAAUUGCUGAAUUGCAGCUGCCUCUGGGGUGGGGCACAGCAGCUGUUAACAGCCACACAGAAGUUCAGGCCCUGAUCCACGGAGGUAUUUAGCCCAAUCCAGCUGCAGCUCUGUGGGGUGGGGGGUGUAUUUAGGGAGGCAGGAUAAUUACUCUAGCUGGCAUUGGCACUGCAUCUGAGGGCCUUCUGCUGGGGCUAGGGACAUGGAGCCCAGUGUAUGUACCUGACCCCUGGACUCUGAUUAUAAAUGGAGACUGGGCUUUAUGAGGAAGGCUCUGGGCUGGGAACGGGCCUUGGAGCUGUGUGCUUCCAGAUGGGGGCCCUGGGCACUGAAAUUGCUGCCCAGCUCCCAGCAGGCUCUGAGCAGGCAAGAGUCACUGAUAUAGAACCCAGCAGGAUACGCUGGGCUCGGGGCUGAGCACCAGCCUGCAGGCCAGGGGCCACGGUGGGGAGAAGGGCCCAUGGGGGCUGAGUCUCAGGGUGGGGGCAGGAUCAGAGCGGGGCGCCGGGGAGCGCCACCCUCCUUCCCUGCGCUCCUUUUGCUUCCUCUGGCCGUUGACAGCGUCUCGGCCCCAUCCCACGCGCGGAGCCAGCCAAGUCCUUCCCACCUGUGCUGGGCCCUGGGGGAGGGCCGGCUGGGCUCACAGGCACGCUCCAGGUGCUGGAAGAAGGACCACUGGAUGGAUGGGGCGACCAUGCAUCCCCGGGCCCCCCGCCUGCUUCGGGGGCUGUGCCUCUGGCUGAGCCUGGGGCUGCCGGGCACCCUGAGCUGGAACCGGAGCUGCAUCUUCUAUGAGCACCCCCACAACCUGCAGGGCUCCAUGCGGCACCGGGGGCAUGUCCUGGGGGGCGCCGAGAGCAGCACCAUCCUCUGCAACUCCAGCCAGUGCUGCUUUGGGAUCUGGAACCAAAGCCACGGCAGGCUCCAGGCAGUGAUGCAAGGUUGCUGGGGCAGCGACCGAGAUGGCUGCGACUCCCCAGCCUGCAAAACCAGCCCCAUCCACACCAUGGGGGCCAUCCUUCAGCGCUGUCUGUGCCACUCCGACCUCUGCAAUGCCAACGUCAGCUGGCUUGGGGCCCCUGCAGCGCCGCAAGCCUCGGCUGGGUCUGCUCCGACGGGCACCAUCUGGAUCGCCGUGGCCUGCCCGCUGCUGCUCUUCCUCGGCUGUCUGGCCUUCCUAGUGCUGAGAAAGGUGAAGGUCUGUGCAGUGCUGCUGCGCCAGGAGGAGAGCAGGGAGCUGACCAAAGUCACCAUGGACCCCCAUUCCAGCCGUGAGAGGGAACCUCCCAGCCAGGAGCUGCCAGCGCUCCAGUUCCUCCAGGUGCUCCAGGACGGGCGCUUCUCCGUGGUGUGGCAGGGCACCCUGCACCAGACACCCGUCGCAAUCAAGGCCUUCCCCGACGCCUGCUUCCAGCACUUUGCGGCCGAAUGGUCCAUGCACAGCCUGCCCCUGAUGAACCACGAGAACGUGGCCCGGCUCCUGGCGGCUGGGCGAGGAGGGGUGCGUGGGGAUCAGGGGAGCCUGCUGGUGCUGCAGCUCUACCCGGCGGGCUCCCUGAGACUCUUCCUGAGCCAGCAUGUCAGCGCCUGGGACGGCACCGUCAGACUGGCCCUGUCGCUGGCCCGGGGGCUGGCCUUCCUGCACGAGGAGCUCUGGCACAACGGCCUGCACAAACCCAGCGUGGCGCACCGGGACCUGAGCAGCCAGAAUGUGCUGGUGCGGGAGGACCGGAGCUGCGCCAUCGGGGACUUCGGCCUGGCCACGGCGCUGCCCGCGCACCUGGAGCGAUGGGGCGGGGGCCGCAUGGAAGCUGCUGUCAGGAAGGCAGGGACCCAGCGGUACAUGGCCCCUGAGAUCCUGGACGACAGCCUGGACCUGCAGGAUUGGGGCCGCGCGCUGAAGCAGGCCGACAUCUACUCCCUGGCCCUGGUGCUCUGGGAGAUCCUGACGAGAUGCUCGAUGCUCUCCCCAGGCUGCGGGGUCCCUCCCUUCCAGCUGGCCUACGAGGCAGAGCUGGGCGGCAGUCCCACGUAUGGGGAGCUGAGGAGACUGGCCGUGGAGGAGAGGAGGAGGCCAUCCAUCCCCGAAUCCUGGAAGAGGACAGGCCAGGUCUUCAUCUGCCUGCGGGAGCUGCUGGAGGACUGCUGGGACCCCGACCCCGAGGCCCGGCUGACGGCCGAGUGCGCCCGCCAGCGGCUCCAGACCCUGGGAGCCGAGUUGCCGGCGGGGAUGUGCUGAGCUGGCAAGGGGUGCUGCCCCCCUGUCCUUACCCGGCACUGGGCCACGGUGCCUGGGAAUGCUCCUUAGGCCUCUGGUUGGCGCUGAUGGAGGGAGAGGAUCUCUGGGGGCAGGGAUGGCGCCAUGCCCGUAUCACCCCAGCUAUUACCUGUGCUGGAUAUAAACAGGGCUGACCUGUGCCCUGCUGCUGCAUGGCCUCAAGCUGCCCGGCCGACCACCGCCACCUGGGCCAGAUUCGAACUUUACACUCUGCUCCCAUGGGCCCCGGGAGGCAGGGAAUACCCAUAAUGCAGUGUGCUUUGGCCAUGCCCCCAGGCUGGGAGCACAGCCCUCCCACGGUCAUGCCAGCCCCACGUGGAAGGGUAGGUGUGCAGCCCUCAAGUUACCCCCAUCCCCUUCAUGGACAUGCAUCCCAUUAUAUCUUACCCCCUCCCGAUGGGCAUGCACCUCUUCUCCCCCUGCAGGCAUACAGACCAGACACACACCCUCCUCCAAGACACAUAUACACACAGGGCAUAUGCCAUCAGCCACUGAUGGGCAUACACCCCACCCACACACACAGGUAUACACUUUCCAUGCACACUGUCCUAGCCCUUCCUGGGCUGUGACAUUUCAGGGGCUGUUGCUCACAAACUGCCUGGCUCUGGGCUAUGUUGUUUACACGCUGGAAGCAGGACCAAAUGCUCCCUGCCUCAAAGAGUUCACAGUAACAGCCAGUAUGUGUGAGGGGAAACUGAGGCACUGAGUGGCAAAGUGAUUUGCCGAAGGUCACCCAGCAGAGCCAGGAAUAGAACCUGGGUCUCCUGAGUCCCAGUCCGGUGCACUAACCACUAGCCCACACUGUCCCUCAAAGCUCUUAAUGGGGGGUGCAGAUCUUGGCCAUUGGGAGCUGGGCGGGGGCCAAAUAGUGGCAUUGGGAUGUCAGAUUCAGACUCUACUAUUCCCCGCAGACCUUAGAGUGGUUUGAGACCGGCUACCGCCUGGGAACGCCAGAUGGCUUGCGAUGGUACCACCUGUCAGGUGCCUCCUCUAGGAGACCAUGGGGCACCAUGAGCACCCCCUGCCCAGCUGUCACCAGGCACUAAAGGGUUGGGCCUUUCUCCUUAUAUCUGGGAGUGGGUUAUGGAAGGGUCUUGCUCAGCAAGACCUUGGAGUUUAUGAUAAUACUCUGCACUCACAAAUCCCCCGUCUCCCUAAUUUCACAGCAGGGGAAACUGAGGCAUGGAGGGGGAGGGGACUCACCCAGGAAUAAAACCCAGCUCCCAGGCCUCUGUGCUCAGCACAGGGCAGCGCUGCCUGUCUGCUGGCCGAUGGUGCAAUGCCAGGUUUUGCUGACCCUCGGGGCUCUGUGCCAGCUGCCUCUCGACAGGGAGGGGCUGGGGGACACAGGCACCUGCCAGGGGUCACUCAGCUGGAGUGACAGUCCCAUGUUUGCCCCUGCGCCAGCUGCAGUGACUCUGGGAGCUGGGCUGAGGCCCACUGAGCUCCUCCUCCUGGCUACUAGUAAGGAUGUAGGAUGACCAUGGCUCCCCCAGCUCCACUGCUCCCUUGCAGGGUAGGGGGGGCUAGCCCAUUCCACCCCCAGGGGGCGCCCAGGAUGUGACAGGAGAGGGCCGCUGGGGGUGGCGGGGUCCAGAGGAAGGAGAGAGGGGGAGCCUGGCUCUUGGGGAAGAGGGGAUCAGGGGAGAAUACAAUAGAUGGGAGAAAGGUUGGGACAAACGGGGAAAUAAUGGUCUUGUGGCUAGUGCCCAGGACUCCUGGGUCCCAUUCCCAGAUCUGCCCCGACUCACUGUGAGAAUCUCCCGUCACCUCCCUGUUCCUCAACUCCCCCAUCUGGGGAUAACGAUAUUGACACGCACACGCCCCAGGGUUGGUGAAAGAGCCUUCAUUUAUUCUGCUUCACGGUGCAGAGAGAAUCGGGAAUCCCGCGGGCGCUCGGCCUGCAGAAAGGACACGUGAGGAGCAACACAGCCCUGCCCAGGCCGUCUCCGAGCCCCAGACGGGGCAGGCAAGCUGCUUGCUGGGGUAGUUUGACACUGAACGUUUGUACGAGGGGCCUGGCUGGAAAUAAAGCCUGAGUAAUACACGA